AUGAGGCUGCUGCCCAGCCUGGCCCUGGCCCUGGCCCUGGUCCUGGCCGCAGGGAUCCAGUUGCAGGAGCACCCCACCAAGGAGUCCCAGAACCUCAACUGGGACAAGUUCUCAGGGUUCUGGUACAUUCUUGCUGUCGCCACCGACGCCCCGGGCUUCCUGCCAGCCAGAGACAAGAGGAAGCUGGGGGCAGCCGUGGUGCAGGUGCACAGAACGGGCCGGCUGCUGGUGACCGUUGCCUUCAGCCGGUCUCGGGGCUGCCAGUCCCGGGAGGUGAGCCUGCGGAAAGACAAGAAGAAGGCCGUGUUCAGGAACAGCCUGAGGGGAGUACUGGGCUUCCACGUGCUGUCCACCGACUACAGCUACGGCCUGGUGCUCCUCCGCCUGGGCCGCGCGGGCCGCACCUACAGGAGCCUGCUGCUCUUCCACAGACAGAGCGUCCCCAGCUUCCUGCAUCUGAGAGAGCUCAUGGAUGCAAGCGCCGCACUGGAGCUCAGCAGGGAGGCGGUCGUGCUCCCCAAAGACGCCUCCUGCGCACACACCCUCCUGCCGUGACACCCAGGCCCCGCUCUUCCCAGGACUCGUGACCCC